CAUACAUAGUAACAUAUGUGUAAAUUACCCACCAGGAUAAUUCAUACGGGUUUGGAGCAUUUCGUGAGAAUAAUAAUAUAUGUGUUGUAUCAUGUAGACUAUUCUGUAUACUAUUUAGUACUAAAUAAGACUUUAUGUCUGACACAGGUGGUCCUGGGCAAGUCUUCAGCCUUCGCCAGACAUCUCUUGAUUGGUCUGUCUGUGGGUAGAAGCCCUGGGAAGGUCUCUCACCACCAUCACUCCUGCACUCUCCCACAAGAACAGCUCCUGGAUAAUCUCUACGUGGAUUACUUCCAUUCUGUUGGUCCCUGUAUCACUCCUGAAGGUGCCAAGGUCUACACCUUCAGGAACACUGCCCAGGGCACUGGGCAGGGCCCACACACCUACUACUCCGUGUGCUCCAAAGUUCCCAAAAUUUGCCAGCUCAUGGGUCGACAGCGGAGACAUAGGAUGGUGGAGGCAGAUGUGACAGAGUCCUUCAUUGGUAAUACCAGUCUCUAUCACACACCCACAGGACGCACCUCUACUCACACACCCACAGGACGCACCUCUACCCACACACCCACAGGACGCACCUCUACCCACACACCCACACAGGCUCGGCUUGUCUCCAGUGGUGACCAGGACAACAGCAGUGUCCUGGAUGACAGCAGUGUAGUGGAUGACAGUACUGUCAUCUUCUCAACAGAGUGUAGCCAUGGAGGGUGUUCUGGACAUGGAGCAGUGAGGUGCGACAGUUUUGAGGACUUCAUAUUCCCUGUGGUGGGUCGGUCAGCGAUCUCUAACACGACAGUUACCAUCAUACAGUCGUUCCCUGACCUCAUCCAGCCAGUGUUCUUCAGGAAGUGCAGGAGUCAACAAGCAUAUGGUGCUUGUAUCCAAGAAUACCUGCCAUUAAGCUUGCUUGUGUCUUCGUACUCUGGUGGAGGUCGCUCUCAGGACCUGGUGAUGGUGGAGUCUGGUUGUCGUGCAACCUCACAUGUCACUCACACGUACAGACCCCAAGGUACAUGAUACAACUUAUACAACAAUCUGGAAUGGUCCAAGGAAUGGAAGGGUAGCUCCAAUUCCUUUAAUCAAGAGCCUUUGCCAGCAUCAAGGCUCCUCCCUAGAAGAGAAGAUCCAUAGGCUACAUAGUCGACUGAUCACAUUAAAGCAGUUAAGGUAAGUGUCCCUGGAUUUCAAUAACUCAGUCUCAUAAUUUUAAUUAUUAUCAUACCUAAGUGCUAAACCCAUAAGGGUCAUACAGUGAUGCUCAUAAUUUUAAAAACAAACUCCCAUUAAAUCAACAUUAAUUAAGGUUAAAUAUCUUAGUUUCCAGCAGGAAAUUACUUGAUUUUUGUUUAAUUUAUUACCAUUUUUGGGAAGGGGGGGGGGGAAUUCAGGUAAGCAAUAGAUACAGCAGCUGGGAAAUCAAAUAGAUUUUGUUCUAUUAUUUACCCCUGGAUGACCCAACAAACUCGGUUUGUUAUUGAGGAUACUGUCUUAUUUCUAUUGGGGUCCCUUAAUCUUCCCCAGGAUGCAACCCACAUGUUAACUAACACCUAGGUACCUACUUACUGCUAGGUGAACAGUGACAGCAGGUGUAAGGUGACUAACACCCAGGUACCUACUUACCACUAGGUGAACAAUGACAGCAGGUGUAAAGUGACUAGCACCCAGGUACCUACUUACCGCUAGGUGAACAAUGACAGCAGGUGUAAAGUGACUAGCACCCAGGUACCUACUUACCGCUAGGUGAACAAUGACAGCAGGUGUAAGGUAACUGUGCAAGCUGAGGCAACCACACCCGAGCCAUGAGCUAUCAGGUAAGAUCUGAGGAAGGGUAGGAUAAACUUUUUUUUUAUUAACACAUCAGCCAUUUCCCACCAAGGCAGGGUGACCCGAAACAGAAGAAAUACUUUCAUCAUCACUCACUCCAUCACUGUUUUUCCAGAGGUGUGCCUACACUACAGUUAAAAACUGCAACAUGUAAACAUGCUAUCAGGCAUUUUUGAUGCAUUCGAUAAUGAAAAAAAAAACACUCUUUUCCACCCAUUUGCAUUUUCGUUGCCACACAGGGUCAGGAAACCGAGAGCCACACAAAUGGGGCCCUCCUGAAUAAGAAGUAAUAUGUCUCCCUGGGGUAUUGAUCACCAACACAGUGCUGUAAGCAGCGGUGUUUGCCCUCGUUUCUAAUUUACUAUACGUACGUAUAUCACUAUUACUAUAUUAACAAAAAAAAAUAGUAAUAUUUACAUAAAUUGAAUGACUUCUAAUAUGUAACCUAUUCAUAUAUCAAAACUCUGUGGCCCAGUCCCUGGACCCAUUAUGUACCUCUGUAAUGUUGAGGUACAGUCCCUGGACCCUUUAUGUACCUCUGUAAUCUUUUGACUACCACCCACAGGAUGGGUAUAAGGUGCUUAAUAAAGAUAUUAAAUUAGCUUCUAAUAGCAGGUUUGAUUUUUAUAUAUAUUUUAAUCAGGGUGAAGCACUAAACACAUAAGGGUCAUGUAGUACCUGGGAAAUGGGUAGCAUUUCAGGUCCAAUCCAAGGAUAAAGUCAAAGAUUUAUUCCCACAUGAUAGUUUGUACAGAUUAUUAUUAUAAUCAAAAAGAAGCACUAAACCACAAGGGCUAGUGCUUGUACAAAGAAGGGUGACAUUUAAUUGGUAAAUUAGACAUGUACAACACUUGGAUAUCUUUACUGAGAAAACGUUUCACCACACAGUGGUUUCAUCAGUCUUAUUCUUCUAUGUAUAGGACUGAUGAAGUCGGUGUGUACAAAACAUUGCCUCAGUAAAGAAAAGCUUUCACCAUUAUUCACUCCAUCACUGUCUUGCCAGAGGCACACUUACACUACAGUUAUAAAACUGCAACAUUAACACCCCUCCUUGCACUUGUGUCUAAUAUAUCAACUUGUCUGUUCUCUGAACUAUUUAUCUAUACAUUUGGAUAUGCAUGCAGAAACCAUAUAUUUAUGCAAAUUAUUAUAAUUAUAAUCAAAACUAAGCACUGAACCACCUGGGGUCAUAGUUAUGAAGAGCAUGGAAGGCUAAGUCCAUUAUUAUUAUAAUCAAAAAUAAGCGCUAAACCACAAGGGCUAUAUAGCGCUGCAGGGUAGGGAAGGAAGCGAGGGUAUUGGGCGGCAGAAGGGGGGGGGGGGAUGAUCAGUAGGUUACAGAAAACAGCUGGGCAGGGGAUAGUACGGGGGUAGAGGGUAGCAAGAGAUUGAAGUAGAAAGGGCUGAAGGUAUCAGAAUUUGUGAAGUCAGUCAGUCGUUGUCAAAAAGUCAAUGAGAGAGUCUGGAUGAAAGGUGGGUCCAUCAGCGAGAAGGGAAGGUAGAGAGAGAGCAGCAGAGCGAAGACGACGACGGAGGUAAAUUCUGCGUGCUCGUUGAUAAAGUGGGCAGUCCAACAGAAUAGGCUAAGUCCAGUUUCUUGGAUCAAGAGCCCUCCCCCUCAAUGGCAUCAAAGCUGUAUUACAUUAUAAUCAGAACUAAGUGCUAAACCUACCAGGGUCGACUGCCAGAGUAGAAAAAGGACUGGUUGCUAAUUUUCACACUAACUGCACCCAAAGAGACAUUUAAAGUAGACAGAGAGCACUAAACCCAUGUGGGCAGUUUACUGCUCUACAGUGAGGAUGAGGCAACUGACAUAAGAGAGGUAGAAGUUUUAAAAGCAAGUAGCAUCACUUUCACAAAUUAUUUAUUCAGUACUUUAUUCACAAAAAUGCACUAAAUCUGUAUGGGUCAUACAUCAAUGAUUCUCACGAUGGAGCUACGUUACAUUUUGUUCAACUUGUGCCUGUACAACUUUUCCCUUACAUAUUUUUUCCUUAAACUUUUACUACUGUAUAUUGAACAAAUGUCAAUAUUAUUUUUAUUAUAAUCAUAACUAAGCGCUACACCCACAAGGGUUAUACAGCGCUACGUCAAUAAGUUUUACAUUUUAUGACAAUGAAAGGUAAUAAUA